AUGGCGUUUGGUCCUGCGAUGGAUUCUACGGCUACACCAAAUAAUAUUGCGCCGAUGACGAUGCAGCAUGAUUAUUACAUCAAAGCUUCAUCAGUCAGGCUUCCUUUCCUCGCUGCGGGUCUAGUCAACUCUGCUGUGGCCCUGCUUCUUCAUCAACUGUCCAAUCGUUUUUUUGAAUUGGCAUUGGCGGAAGUUCCAUCACAAACACAGCAGUCUGUUACUCAGCCUCCUCCACAGUGCGACCCAGAUAUGGUGCUCAGGCCUGCGGAAAACCUAAACCGAGAGAUCAAGUCCAAUAUAAUUGCUAAAGUGCCCAGCACUCCUUCAGAAGGCAACACCACAAUUUCCGAUAUGCCUGCUAGCCCUCAUCCUCGUGCGUCCUCACCGGUUGAGCUUCUGCGUGUUAAAGAAGAACUGGAUGAAGAAUUCAGUGCAUUCAUUGAGAGCAUGUCCGCUCAAGCUAAUUCACACCCUCAACGGUCCUCACAGAUCGAGUCCCAGUUUACUGUUUGUCCAGAAAACACAGAUGUUCAGUGCCCAAACGUGUCCCGUGUGGCUACCCUCACCUACCUCAAACGAUAUUCUUGUGAAUAUCGAAAUUGCGGUAAGGUAUUCUUCAGCCGAAGUAGUUUGUUUUAUCAUAAGCAGAGUCACAAUUCAGAGAAGCCCUACAUAUGUUCCCACUCUGGCUGUUCAAUGCGUUUUGUCUCAGAAUCCCUCCUCCAAGCUCACAAUCAGCUACACGAACAAAAUUCUUCAGUCUGUGCACGUAAUCAGUUUUGCUGCAAUUACCCCAGCUGUAAUAAAGUGUUCAUAUGUCAAGACAGGUUGAUCGAACACAUCCGCGUACAUACAGGAGAACGUCCUUAUGUUUGCGAUCAUCCAGGGUGUUCAUAUCGAUUUGCCCGGCGGGGGAACCUGUUUGCUCACAAGCGAGUUCAUGUUGAUAAGACUCAACGUCGUCAGUAUCACUGCGUUCACCCUGGCUGUGGAAAGACGUUUCUCUACACCCGCAGCCUGACCGAGCAUAUGAAUGUGCAUAUGGGGGAACGACCAUAUCGCUGUGACUAUCCAAAUUGUGAUAAGAGUUUCACCAGUAAAAGUUAUCUCCACGCCCAUCGGCGCAUCCAUAUGGGAUCAAACGGAAAUACAAAUUACAACCGGACAGACCCCCCAGAUACGUAUAGCUUGGCACCAUUCCCAGUCACAGUAACUGUCCCAGUUCCUCCUCCAGGAACACAGCAGGCAUCCCUACCGUUUGUACAAGUCCCCCAGUCGAAUGAGUUUCCCAUGUAUCCGUUCUAUCCUGCACACCCCAGCUAA